GUAAACCCCUCACUCUCUCUCUCUCUCCCCCCUCGGCAAUUUGCGUAAUUUGCAAACCAACUUUAUUCUCUGCCAUUUCAGCUGGUUUCGAAUUUCAGAUGCUUUCUACUCUCUCUCCUUAGGGUUUCACUUCUCCUGGUGGAGUGAGUGUACGGUGAAAAUGGUGAGACAGAAGAUUCAGAUCAAGAAGAUUGAUAACUUGACGGCACGCCAAGUGACCUUUUCAAAGAGAAGAAGAGGGGUUUGUAAGAAGGCUCAAGAACUCUCUACACUUUGUGAUGCUGAGGUUGCCCUUAUUGUUUUUUCUGCCACUGGAAAACUCUUCCAUUAUUCUAGCUCAAGCAUGAUGCAACUAAUUGAAAGGCAUAGAAGGCAAUCAGAAAACUCAGACAAAUUAGGGCAACCAUCUCUUCAACUUCAGGAAAAUAAUAGCUGUGGCAUGCUCAGCAAGAUGCUUGAGGAUAAGACUCGUGAAUUAAGGAAUUGUAAUAGGCAACUCAGUGGAGAAGAUCUCCAAGGACUUGACAUGGAUGAGUUGAUGAAACUGGAGAAAAUGGUACCAGGAGGAUUAAACAGUGUUAAGAAUGAAAAGCUUUUGAAAGAGAUCAGUUUGCUCAAGAAAAAGGAAUCUAAAUUAUUGGAAGAAAAUGCCAUGCUGAAACAGCAAGCAGAUUUUAUGCAGAAAUCUGAAGGCACCGUUUAUGGUAUUCAUCAAAGCAAUCCGUCCGAGUGUAUCAGAAAUUCUCAUGGCUAUGAUACUUCCCUCAGGCUGGGCUUACGUUUCUCCAACUGAAGAUGAUGCAAGGAGACCACAGCCCUGAAGAUCAAUUUUCUAUUUCUCUUAAUGGGAUAUAAUCAAUAAAUAAUGUGUAAGUAAGCUGAGUGUUAGGGCCCAUGUUGUGGAUCUACGUUCAGUUAGUUUGAACAUUAAAAUCCUUUGUGUUUGAAUUUUCUCGUGCUAUAUGCUUAUGCUAAAAACGUGAAAUUUUGAAUGCUUAACAUGAAAAUGAAAGAGGAAAUUGUAUA